CCCCUGAAUUUGACGAUUUUUCACCACUUCCCGAAGCGACGCUAUAAAACUCGCCAAUAUGCCCCCCAAAGAAGAAUAAGAUGCCGGCAGUCCUCCAGCAGGAGACGCCUCAUACCGCACGCCACCAUUCUGUCAAUCCUGAUGCUGAAAUGGCUAUGGAUAUCGACGACCAAACACAUGUAAACCCCGCCGAUUACCCAGUUCCCAAUACACCACCCCAUCAAGGGCGGGACCAACCACAACUACAACCUCAACCCCAAGAACUUGCCUAUAUGAGCGCCAAAGGAGCCGCCCAGCCGGCUGAUACCCAAUCAGAACACCAAACUCGCCGAUCAGAAACCGCAGAUGAUCGAGAUGAAAUCAUUCGUGUACUUCGUGAUGAAGUUAAUACACUCCGCCGGGCCAGACAGCCUAAGCGUACAUCGUCUGGAGGGGAUAGUCAACUUAUGGAGCGACUAUCGGAACUGUUUGAGCGAUCAGAUAGUCGGUCAGCGUUUGAGCAUGAGCAAAGACGAAUUCAACAAGAAAAACAGGAAGUCCGAGAGGAAGAAAAGAGACUUCAUGAACUUGCAAAGACUCACUGGCGAGAUACCCGACGCCUACAAGGCCGGGAUAACUAUUCUGAAUAGAGAAAGAACCUCCUGUUUGAUGCUGACUAUAUUGGCGCCCGAGAUGUCUUACUUCGCCUCAAUGACGUCUCCAAAGAUACCUCACUGCAGUUAGUUUACUAUACCACAUCCAAGCAGCUGUUACAUACUCGAAUUUUAGACCGUUUGACCCUUGAUAUCCUCCAUCAAGUCCAUACAGAUCAUACCCAACACCCAAGCGAG